ACUGUGUUACUGUGUUGCCUUGUUGCCUUGUUGCCAGCCUACUUGUCCUGUUUCCCUGCUUAUAUUGGUUUUUGGAUUCUGGUUUUCUCGUUUGGAUUACUUUGUUUUGGACUCUGUCUUCAGCCACUCAGUUUCCCAGUGACUUCACAGAGGCUCUCUAUGAUGCCAGGAUCAAACUGUCCAGACAAGACAUGACAGAGAUUGACCGACUUCUGGAGGGUGAAGACAGCUGGAGAACAGGGCCUCUGGACAAUGCCAUCAGUCAGAUACUAGUGGAUCUCAGACCACAUGACCGUGAGGUUUGGAGGUGGCAUUUUGAAGACACCUUUGGUGUGGAGCUUGACACACUAUUAAAAAUGUUGCUGCUUGUUCUGUUCGUAGUGGCCAUCAUAUGCACUCAGCUGUGGUCAAUGGUGUCCUACUUCACGCAGUUUAGGAGACUGUUUGUUGUAUUCUUCUUUAUCAGUAUAUUCUGGAACUGGUUCUAUCUGUACAAGAUUGCCUUUGCUGAACACCAAAACAACAUAGCGAAGAUGAAUAGUGUGUAUGAAAAAUGCACUGGAAUGAAGAAAAUAGGCUGGAUUGAUAGCUUGAAAGAGUGGUUCAGAAGCACCUUCACUCUUCAAGAUGACCCUUGUAAGAAAUACUAUGAAGUCCUUGUGGUCAACCCCAUUCUUAUGGUACCUCCAAUCAAGGCGUUCACAGUUACCAUCACAACCCUCUUUACAGAGGCGCUGAAGCCCAUCGGCCAGGGGAUCAGCGAGUUUCUUGUAGCACUCCUCAAAGACCUACCAGUUACCCUGCAGAUCCCAGUUUUCCUCGUUGUCAUGUUGUGUGUUUUGGUAUUAAUGUAUGGAAGUGUACAGGCAGCUUUCCAGCACGGCAUCGCUGCACCUUUCCGCCAUCCUCGAAGGGAUCCGCCUCCUCUACAGCUGGAGCAACCGCAGGGUCAGCUCCAGGGGAUCGAGGACUUUGACCGCUUAGCAGGAGGGGACGCACCACAACAUGCCCCGAGGCACCGAGCAGAUGAUGGCAGAUUAGACAGGAACCAGGUUCAUCAGAGGCGACACAACAGACCCAGAGAAGAGCGAGCCAAGGUGGUUGUGGUGACAGUACGCACUGCCGAGUCUCCUUACAGUGAG